AUGUCCGACAAGACCGCAGCUCGUGUCAGGUUGGGGCCUUUGGGGCUUUUCAAGGAGGUUUUCAACUGGUAUCCGUCGAACUACCCGGCAAAUGAGCGCAAGUUGUUGUUCAAGCUGGAUUUGUCAAUCCUGAUAUUCGCCUGUCUCUGCUAUCAGACGAACAUCAGCAACGCAUAUGUUAGUGGGUUGAAGGAAGAUUUUCAACUAAAUGGCAACCAACUCAACUACUUCAACACUUGCUAUAUCACUGCCUAUGUGGUCUUCCAAGUCCCGGGUCUGCUGUUGAUGUCCCGUCCGAAAUUGGCACGAUGGCUUCUUCCCACGCUCGAGAUUCUAUGGGGAGUCUGCACCUUUGCCCAGAGUCGUGUCACCAAUGUCCACCAGCUCUAUGCCCUUCGAGUUCUUGUGGGCAUGUUUGAAGCGCCAGUGUUCGCAGGAACGCAUUUCAUUCUCGGAUCGUGGUACUCGGGCCCCGAGCUCUUCAAGCGAGCAGGCACAUGGUUCAUCUGCAACGCUCUAGGCACCAUGGUUAGCGGUUACCUGCAAGCGGCCGCCUACACGAACCUGUCCGGGGUGGGCGGCAUGCCGGGUUGGCGCUGGCUGUUCAUCAUCGACGGGAUCUUCACCAUCCCCGUGGCAAUCCUGGGUUUCUUCAUCUUCCCCGGCGUGCCCGAUUCUCCGCGGACCUUCUUUCUGACCGAGGAUGACAUUGCUCUGGCCAAGGACCGGGCGCGGAGGGCCAAUAUCCGCCGCCCGGGAAAGAUGAGUUUCGACGUGUUCAAACGGACGCUCAAGCGGUGGCAUAUCUGGAUCUUCAUCUUCAUCUACGCGUGCAUGAUAAUCUCCUCCUAUCCAGUCUCCUACAUGAACCUCUGGUUACAGGCCGAAGGUUAUUCAGUGCCGCAGGUGAACAAGCUCCCGACCGUAACCUACGCCAUUAACAUCGUCGCCUCGUGGCUGGGAACGACCCUCGCCGCAAUCUAUCCCACCUGGGCCCUUUACACCUUCUCCUCAGCGUGUUGCCUGUUCUCCUCGCUGUGCAUGAUCAUCUGGGAUAUUCCGCGCGGGUUAAAGUUCGUUGCAUGGUACCUCUUCGGUACGUCCGGAUGCCUGAGCCCCAUCCUCUAUUCGACCGUCAACACCAUCGUAAAAGACGACUCGGAGGAGCGGGCCCUCAUCAUGGGCUCAAUGAUGACCUUCGGCUACUCGUUCCAGAUCUGGGUGCCCUUGCUGCUCUUUCCGACUGCAGGUCCCAACGGCGCCCCGCGUUGGCGCAAGGGGUGGCCGGCCUCGUUUGCAUUCUUCUUUCUGCUCUGGGCCGCUUUUAUCUCGGUUCUUUUGAUACAUAGAAGGUAA